UGAAUCAUAACUUUUAACUUAAUGGAUCCAUUGUUGUUUUUGUUGAUUCUCCUUGUAUGCAAUCACAAAGCUCGCUUGUCUGCUCUUAAUGAUGAAGGUCUUGCUCUUUUGUCCUUCCACCAAUCGCUCGAAGGUGACACCGGAAGCUAUCUGAUCAACUGGAACUCAUCAGAUCCAAAUCCAUGUUCAUGGCAUGGAGUUUCAUGUAGAAACCAGAAAGUUCAUGCUCUUGUCGUUCCAAACAUGGGACUAUCCGGUUAUCUUUCUCCUGCACUCGCAAAUCUCUCUUCGAUUCGUCAUGUUAACCUCAAGAAUAACUCGUUUCGUGGAACUUUACCUACCAUGCUCUUUUCUGCAACUAGGCUGAAGAGCUUGGAACUUUCUGGUAAUUUAUUGUAUGGACCUCUGCCAACCGAAGUUGGGAUCCUCAAGAACCUACAAACCUUGGAUAUUUCACAGAAUUCCUUCAAUGGCACGGUACCUUCAUCUAUAGUUCAAUGCAAAAGGUUAACUACACUUGUUCUCAGUCAAAACUGUUUCAUUGGCUCACUCCCUGAGGGAUUUGGAGACAGUUUAGCUAACCUUCAGAAGCUCGAUCUUUCUUACAACAGCUUCAGCGGUUCAAUCCCCGGUGACAUCGGAAACUUGUCAAAUUUGCACGGUAUUCUCGAUUUAUCUCACAAUUUCUUCACUGGUGUGAUUCCAGCAAGCCUAGGGAGUCUCUCUGAAACGGUGUAUGUUGAUCUCAGUUACAAUAAUCUUACCGGUCCGAUACCACAGAAUGGUGCUCUAGGAAAUGCGGGACCAACAGCUUUCAUGGGGAACCCUUUUCUUUGUGGAUUGCCAUUGAAAAUUUCAUGUCAUUCAGGCAGUUCCAAUGCAGAUUCUCAGUCAUUAUUUCGUAAUCCAGUUCAGAGUACCAAUGGAAACUCGAUAAAAAGUGGGAAAGGUCAUUCGAGCUCACAUCGGGUGAUUAAAACCGUUGCAUUUGUGAUGGGAGGAGUCUGCUUCAUUGGAUUCUUGUUCUCUUAUUGGUACAAGAAGGCCUCCGUCUGCAACGGAGUUAGGAAAGUCACCGGCUAUCGUCUCGAAGAGAAACUGAUGAUCGGGAGGGACAUAUUCUGCUUUGCAAAAAAAGACAUUGAUACUCUAUCAGAAAACAUGGAGCAAUGCAACUUUGUUCCAUUAGACACUGAGGUCGACUUCGAUCUUGAACAACUUCUUAAAGCUUCUGCUUUUCUUCUGGGGAAGAGUUCAAGCGGGAUUCUGUAUAAAGUGGUGCUCGACAAUGGACUAGCCGUGGCAGUUAGAAGACUAGGAGAUGGAGGAGAACAAAGACUCAAGGAGUUUCAAACCGAAGUCGAAGCAAUAGGGAAAAUCCGGCAUCCGAAUGCAGUUAACCUUCGAGCUUACUGCUGUUCGGAUGAUGAGAAACUGCUCAUAUACGAUUACAUAACCAACGGAAAUCUUACUGCAGCAAUUCAUGGGAAAUCGGGAUUCCCCUUUAAACCACUUUCGUGGCCGGUUCGAGUAAAAAUCAUGAAAGGAAUAGCCAAGGGACUAGCCUUCUUACACGAAGUCAGUCCGAAAAGGUACGUCCACGGAAACCUGAAGCCAAGCAACAUUCUUCUUGGUGAAGAUAUGGAGCCUCAUAUUUCCGACUUUGGACUCGGUCGCCUCACCAACAUAACCGAUGAAUCACCGGAAUUCCAGGUGGAGCAAAAGAUGGCAAUCUGGACAUCACAACAAAGUUCUCCAUACGAGUUAACAGCGAUAAAUCAAUCUUCAAACGGAUCAUAUUAUCGAGCACCGGAAGCCUUGAAUGACACGAAACCAUCACAGAAAUGGGAUGUUUACUCAUUCGGAGUGAUUUUAUUGGAGAUGAUAUCUGGAAUGUUGCCUAGCGUUCAAGUAGGGUCUUCAGAGAUCGAUCUGGUUCAAUGGCUUCAACUCGGGAUCGAUGAAAAGAAGCCCCUCUCGUCCCUCAUUGAUCCCUCCUUGGCUCAUAGAUGGGGCGAGGAAGACAAUAUAAGCGCCAUAUUCAAGCUUGCAUUGGCCUGUACCCAUAAGAAUCCUGAUAGGAGACCUUCAAUGAGGUUUGUGAGUUAUAGUUUCGAGAAAUUGACUUCAUUAAGCUAAGAGGAGCUCAUAAUAAGUUCAGCAUCAAUUUGAUCAUAUGAAAUAUUCAUUUCAGUUUCUCUUAGAAGAAUGUAUUCAUCACUUACUAUGAACAUUAGCAGAAUAAAUAUAUAUUUGUUAAUGUCUCUAGGUGAGUCCAUAUUUUCACCUUUUCUCUUAUUUUCCAUUGUUUCCUUC